AUGUCUGAAUGUAAAAUUACUCCAAGGUAACAUGGAAGAUCAAAAACAAAAUUAAGUAUAGUUAUAGUAAUGAAAAUUCUAGAUGAUAGUCUUUAAGUUUAAUUUAAAAAGCCAGGAAUACCGAAUGAACGAUUAGUCGUUAAUAAAUUAGGACUUAAGUUCGAUCCAGUUUGUUGGAAGAAAACACAUGAAAAGGGAAGAAUUCAAUAUGUUUGUAUAGUAAAUAUGAGAAAUUAAUAAUGAAAGGAAAAAGAUUGUUAAGCUGAUCGUAGAUUAGGAUGUGCACAUUGUAUAAUUGAUGAACAUGAUGAACAUGUGUCGAAUAAAAUAACAGUUGAAUAAUAUUGUGAAGCAUUUGAAUGCAAUUAUAAGUAAUAUGUAUUUCAAGUAUGAUAUUAAUUUAAUAAUGUAGGUAGCAAAGCUAGAAGAAACAUAUAAAAAGUGUAAGAUGAUUGAUAUUGUAGAAUAGAUAGAUAGAGAUUUUAAUACAAUAUUUGAAAUAUUAAAACAUUAACUAAAGAUAAUUAGAGAUAAAUAUGUUUAAGAAAUAUCAACUUAUGCAGAAACAUCUAAUGUUUAAUUCAUUCAAAUAUAUAAUGAUGAGAAGUAGAUACUCUAAAAAAUUAAGGAAUAUGCACAUAAGAAUCUUUAUGAAAUGACACCUGCAGAAAUGGAUCAUAGUUUAUUAUUGAUUGGAACUAAUCAUAUUGAAAAUAUAAUAAAUAAACUGACAAAUUUUUAAGAACAAAGUGCCAAAAUUUCCAGUACUUUAAAAGCUUAAUGGAAAUGGGUAUAUGAAGAUUUAGAAGAAAAAUUAAGAGAAGUUAUUACUUAAAUUGAAUAGUAAAAUUUUAAUUUUGUUUCACCUACAGGUAAAAGAACUCCAAUAGAAUGUUUAAAUAUAUUAAUGUAAGAUUAAAAUAAAUAAGAUAUGAUUGCCCAAUAUACUUGUACAACGAAUAAAUCAGAGUCAUUACAUGCAUCAACAUUUUAAAGAACUAAUGAUUCAUAGCAACCGCUUCUGAAACUUUAACCAACGAUAUUAUUUUAGAAUUUCUAAUCUUAAGAGAAAUCAUUAAAUAAACCUGAUACUUCUAAAUAUGUAGAUUCAAUAUCGAUUGAAAAUUAAAAAUAAAUAGAAAGUCCUAAGAAUCAAAAUAAAAGUAUUAGAUAAAUAGCAGGUUCAUCUUCUAAAGAUAUAGUGUCACCUUUAAAAAAAGAAUUGUGUUAAUAGUUGACAUUGACAAAUUAAAAGUCAUUAAAAAAUUUAAUUUAAAAUAAUAAUCCUUAAUUGAAAGAUGCUAGUAAUUAGAUUUUUAAUAAUUAAAACUUAAAAUCAUAGACAUAAGCUAGGUAAAUCAGUCCUAAUGGAAUGCAAUAUUAUUAUUAGAGUGAAGGUAAAAAAUUAGAAGGAAAAAGAGGAAAUUAAUAUUCAUAAAGUUAUUCAUCUCUGAAUUAAUAAUCAGUUGAAAAUAGGUUAUCUGGAUAGAAAAUGUAGAAUUAUCAUUUCACAUGUAAUUAUAUUAAUAUGAAAUGUAUGCAUAAUGAUUUAAUAAAGGCUAAUCCUAUCUUUGCUUGUUGUAAUUAGGUAACAAAUUAAUUAACAUAUAUAUUUUAGGCAUAUCCAUGCUAUGAAUGUCAUGAUUCUGUUUCUAAUCAUAAGGCACAUAUCACAAUUCCAUCAUAAAGAUACUGCUCAAAGUGUAAAGAAAUAUUUACAGUAAAUCUAUUGUCAACAAUAGAAGUUAAAUGCUAUAAGUGUUAAUGACUAUUUUUAUAAUAAAUAAUGUUAUCCUACUUAAGAUUUUAUAGAUUCACUUCUUUUAGAAAUGAUCCAUAUCUAAUAUUAGGUGUAAAAAAGGAUGCUUCAAUUCAAUAGAUAAAGGAUGCAUAUAUUGCAAUGUGUAAGAAGUGUAAUAAAUUUGAAUAAUUGGAGACCAUCCUGAUUUGAAUAACCAGAGUGAUGCAAAAGAGAGAUUUGCUGAAAUACAUUAGGCUUACAAUUAACUUAAGCAACGCAAAUUUUAUGAAUAAGUAGAAGAAGAAUUUAAGUAAAAUUACUAGUAGUGUUAUUAUGUUAAAUUUAGUUCUGCAUAAUCAGAAGAAGAAUGUUUUAGAUCAAUAUUUGGAUUCUACUUUCAUGAGAAUCCACAAGAAUAUUAUAAGCCAGAAAAUGCCUAAAAGAGAGCUGAUUAUUAAGAGAUGUUACGUAAAUAUAAAUAGGAGAAAUAAAGUUAAAGUCAUACAGAUGGACAAGUGUUUAGUGAAAUUAAGAUCAAUAGAAAAUUCAAUUCUGAUACUAUCUAUAGUAAUAACUAUAUAUAAAUAUAUUUUAGGAUAUGGUGAUCAUACUUUUCUGAAAGUAUUAUUGAUGUUUACAUUUGUUGUCUCAGUAACAAGUGCCUACAUAUUCUUUUAUAAGAAAUAGACUACAUAUGCUAAAAACACAAUAACAGACUCAUAAAUAGUUAGAAUGAAAACUUUGGCUUUAAUUAGAUAAUAGAAAGCGAAUGAUGAAAAAUAACUAAAAUUAUGA